ACGUGAACAUUUGCUUACUUGUUGGUGUCUCGGCUGUGGUUUCCUACGCACAACGCGCUGUCAUAUUCAAGUAGCAGAGCUUCGGUGUUCUGCUUGAGUGUGCGCGAGAUCGUCACAGCGACUCUUCAUGGAUUACUGUCAUCGCCAAACUAUGCCAUCGGGCCAAAGGUUCGCGGAGGCGGCACCAGAGGGCGAAGCAGUCGCCCCUCGUCGCAAGAUGUCCGGCGAGGAGAUAAGGGCGGUGAGCAAGCGUCUCUUCCGGCGUUCCACGCUCCUGGACGCCAACAGCGCCGCCGCUGCCACCUCGGAGAUGGCAGCCGGCGGAGACUCGUCCUCCGACGAAGACCCGCCACCGCCUCGCGUCGUCGGUAUACAGGUGGUGCCCGAGGGUCCCAUCUACGAGCUGCCUCCGCCACCCCGCAAGGUUCCGCCCCCGCCCCCGGUCAGGAGGGACUCGCUGCUGGCCCCUCCCGGGGAGUCCUUGUUACCUCCACCUUCGCGGGAGCUGUUCCUCUCUGAUGACGAAGACACCAAAUCGACGGCGGCGGCUCCGGCUUGUCCCCUGCCACCGAAGAAGUUUCCAAAGCCCCACGCGGGCCUCCCAGGAACGACGACGGUCGCAGGUGACGAAGAAGCGCUUCCGUGGCGACAUGGAGGCGCUGAGCUCACAGCGGAUGCCUCGGCGACGUCACCGGCGCGUCCCGCCAGACCCGGUUUCGUGCACUUCGCCGCCGUGCCUCCCACGGUCGUGCUGGUUCCCUUGAGUCCCGAGGACGUGAGUAGUCCUCGAAAGAAGUCGGCCACGCUGGGGAACUUCUUGGAUACCCACGAGACCAGCUGGAAGUUCACGCCGGGCCACCCGACUGCAGCGCCCAAUGGCCCCGGUGCUCCUGGCAAUCAAGCAGCGGCGCUCGGCGUACCGCGCAAGGACAGCAGGGAUGAGGCGAUGACCUCGUCUUCCGACACCGACGAUUUCGAAGACCUCCCGCCGCCGCCACUGCCCGAGUGUGGCACCGAGGACUCCACCGACUCUAGCGAGAACAUCUACGAGGACAUCGAGCCGGUGAGCGUACCGAUGGAUGGACAGCGGUCGCCGCAGAUGAGCGUCGCGACCCUGUCGUUAGUGCGACCUCCCAAGAUCAAGAAGUUUGCCCGCAGUUUGCAAGACGUACUGAGCGCCCAUGCGGAAGCGUCCAAAGCUAAAAUGGUCGAGCUCCAGGAAGAAGGGAAAAAUGCCAUCGACACGCCAGGAAGUCCAACCCUGCCAGAGUUGCCCCCGCAGGAUUAUGUCCUUGACGAAAUGGAAGAAAGAGCCAUGAUUGAACCACCAUCCUAUGAGGACCCAAAGUUUAAGGAACUGAUAGCUGUACUCAUUGAAUGGAUCAAUGACGAGCUAGCCAGCCACCGAAUCAUUGUGAAGGAUAUUGAAGAGGAUCUCUUUGAUGGACAAGUUUUACAAAAACUUCUUGAAAAACUUAGUGGAAAGAGGCUCGAUGUGGUAGAAGUGACACAGUCAGAAGAAGGUCAGAAGCAGAAACUGAAAACCGUUGUAGACUGCGCAAACCAGGUACUUGGACUUCCAAAGUGGGGACAGUACAAGUGGAGUGUGGAAAGCAUUCACCAAAAGAAUGUGGUGUCCAUCAUUCACCUGUUGGUUGCCCUGGCUCGGCACUUCCGAGCACCAGUCAGGCUCCCUGAAAACGUGGUCGUCAAUGUUCUUGUUGUCCAGAAACGCAAUGGAAUCCUGCACCCUAGGACUAUUCAGGAGGAGCUGACGUCAACAUAUGAUGACCUUGGCAUGAGAGUUGAACGAGAUGCCUUUGAUACAUUAUUCGAUCACGCCCCUGACAAACUGCAAGUUGUGAAAAAGUCACUCAUGAGCUUCGUAAACAAGCACCUUAACAAGAUCAACCUCGAGGUCUCGGACUUGGACACGCAGUUUCAGGAUGGCAUCUACCUGGUUCUCCUCAUGGGCCUGGUCGAAGGGUACUUUGUACCCCUCUAUUCAUUCUUCCCCACGCCUUCAACGUUUGACCAGAAGGUCCACAAUGUGUCCUUUUCAUUCACUCUUAUGACGGAUGCUGGUCUGCCAAAACCCAAGGCACGACCAGAAGAUUUGGUAAAUGCUGACCUGAAGUCCACCUUGAGAGUGCUGUACAACCUGUUCACAAAGUACAAAGACACGUGAGCUGUCUUUGGCCGGAGACAACUGGUGGUUCUAUGCCCCUGGAGGCUUCACACUGCCAAGCACAUUGCAUUUAACAUCGAGUACUGGUUAAGCUUUUACCCUAAAGUGCCUUUUAUGAGCGUCAUUAGUAGCAAAUGCCAAGCAGCGACUACCAAAUGAAUUACUCAGUUUUUGUUUUUAUUGUUUAAUUGUAAUAUGUCGAUGCAGGUUGCCAUGACAUAAUCACAAAGCAAGAUGCAUAAGUACAUCUGUACAUAACAAACGAAGAUAAAAUAAGCUAUUUAUUUACAUGCUUUUAGUAACUGAUCAACUUGUUGCUUUUCCCAUGCUAAUUGUGCCUGCAAUGUUUUUUUCUGCUGUUAUUGUAGAAGGCUGGUCCACAAUAAAUUGCUUCUCAUUGUUGUAGUUGAGAAA